AUUCAUAACGUCGAUGUUGCUUUGAUUAGAGGCUCGCACACUUGUCUCGUCGCAGAAAUGAGGAGAUGGUGAUGAUGAUGAUGAUGAUGAUGACAGUACGUGCCUCUCUCCGCCCUCACUGAAGGAGCAGGCUGCGUCAAACGUGCUCCUCCUCUCCCUUUCGCCGUUGUGCGCUUCCCAUCCCCAUCACCGGAGCACCGACAGGUAACAGCUAUAUCGUGUUUGUGCUGAUCUAGGAAUAAAAGGGCUUGAAACAGCUUUUUUAAAUCCACUAUAGAUGCUUUAUAAGGUAGGCUGUUUGUUGAUGGAGACGUUUUGGUGAGGCUGUCGGUUUGGAUUUGAUGGUCUUCCUCCCUUUAGCCAAAAGAUUUAGUGCGACUUAUCCUAAUAUUAUGUCGCAGGUUGUUUGUCUGGCUUGUUUAUUUCUUCUUAUUGAGACAGAGCGUGUGUUUUGGGGUUGUCAGCCUCUCGCUGUUAUGCGCACCAGCCGGCUGUGGAUUGUCUUGUCAGCAGGCUGUGAGGACGCUUUGACGUACCGCUAAAUUCAGUAUGCCAAUCAAUGUGACGCUGUGAGGAAUCACAGCUUUAAACUCUAAUGAAUCAGGACUGAUCAUGGACUUUAUAAGAGUGUAAAUAUGAUGCUCAGUGUGUUUAGGCGUACAUGUGUUUAUAAUCGUUUGUGUGCGCGUACAUCUAAAACCUGGCAUGAGUCCAUAAAGGAUAAUGUUUUUGCUUAAGUUAUUGGUAACACUUUAAAAGAACCAUAACUUAUUAAUGGCAAGUAGACCAUUUAUAAAUGGUGAGCAGAUAGUUUAUUAUUGUUUAAUCAUCAUUUAGUAUUACAAACAUCAGUUUCAACUAUACAAUAGCCAUCUAAGUAAUGUUUAUAGAUGGUUUAAAAACCAAAUAUUAACCAUUUACAAAGUGCUACUGACACACAUUUUCAUCUAGAUGUUUUACAACCAAUAUUUAAACCCUAUAUAAACAUUUAAUAGAUAGUCCAUUAAUAAUUAAUGAAAAUGAUUAACCAUAAUUUCAUCGCUUGUUAAUGGUAAAGUAACUAUUAACUUAUAUUAAUGAACCAUCUAUUUGCCAUUUAUAAUUGGUCUAUAUGCUGUUUUUAAAUGAUGAUUAAACAUUAAUAAACUAUCUAUUUACCAUUUAUAAAUUAUGGUUAUUGUUAAGUGUUACCAAGUUAUUUAUUAGCCUGUAAAAAUCAAAAAGAAGACAAGUUUUUAUGGCUAAGUGUACUCAGCAUUUGCCUCACAAAUAUAAAGGUUUUAUAUUGUUUAUAAUGUCAAUCAAAUGUGGGUUGGGAUGAAUACAAAAGCCAUUAUGAUGAUGUCUCCAGUUUUAAUGAACUUUUAAAGGUCUCUGUCACAAGUUCUGAUGAAUUAUGGUGGAAAAAUGAUCAUAAACAUGAAUAAUCUGCCUCUCUUCUUCAGGGUUUCUGUCAGGAUCCCUUAGGCGUAAAUACGAUCAACAUUUAACACUCUUCUCUUCCCCUCAGGAUGGAGGCUCUGCUAAAUGAGUGGCUAUGGCAGGAGAAGUUUUGGCUCCCCCCUGGUGUCGGCUGGAAGGACAUUCAGACGCAGGGGGCCGAUGGACGCUUUCCUCUACCAAGGGAUCUUAUCUACACCCUGCCACUGGCCUUUGCCUUCAUAGCACUCAGAUACGUCUUUGAGAGGUGAGACACACCUGCUUCCACCACAGCUAAACCCUGGAAUCCUAGAUAUAAGCUCUUCCUCUAAAGGUUUACAGUGGACCUACAACUCAAAAAUGACGUGUUGCAAGGAAACAGUCAAGCACAAUGGUUAUUUCUUUGUGCCUGACUUCCUCUUUCACCUCACUGGUCACGCUGGCUGGCUAACUGGUUUGCUGUCUGUGUGGCUCCGGAUAAUGGCUCCUUUAUCCUUCAUUAGAUCGAGGGCGUAGAUCAGACAGCUAGUGGGGGGCGGGCAUCAUGAGCAGACAGUUUUUAGUUGCUGACUGUGUGAAAGCCUUCCCUCCUCCUCCUCAGGGAAAAGCCCUAUAAGAAGUGAUGUAAAUGCUGCAGGGAGAAGGCGGAUAAUUGAUCUGAUAAGACAGCUUUAUGGGGGACUUCUUUACAGCAGCUGUUAUUUCUGUGAAAAGUACAGAAAGUGGGUGAAACUCACUUGAAAUAGCCACCGGUGCUAUUCACAGUCACGCUAUCUGGUGCUGUACAUUCUCUGCAGACUGUGUGUGGAAGUAUACCCACGAGUGGAUGUGGAUGUACAGCAAGACAAAACAGGUGAAUGGAAAAACUUGACCUUAAAUCCCCAGUCGGGCUUAUUAAGACAAUCCUGCUGAGGCAUCUAGAGACUGCCUUGUAAAGGUCGCAACACCUCUGAGCUGGAAAGGGGAAGUGAGUGUUAUCCUCAUUAUGAAAUGACAACAAUGGGCAAACCUGACAACAGGAGCCACAGGAGGUGGAGUUUUGUCAUUUUUGAGGCACGUAAAUGCCACGUAGAUGACCAUAAACUGAUCAGUAUUUUGAUGUUUGUGAUUACUGAUCUGGAAAAACAAUAACAAAUAACCAAGACACUCACAGACACUAUGUAAGUGUUUUAAUUAUCGAAGAAAUUAUUAGACGAAAACAAAUAGCUGAGGCAGCCCUCACAGUCAGUCUGCGUUUACCUGACUUUAAUGUACCGUACCUACAAUGUUUACCGUCUUCUAAUGUCCCUUAGCUGCAUUUUCCAAUUUCUAUCUAAAAUAUGUUUAAACCCCCUUACAAUUAAGUUGAUUAAAACAAUAACAAACACUUAUUUUGGGCAGGAGACUUGUUUAGUUGUACAUAGCCUCUUAUACUUAUUGCACAUAGCAUUGUACAUAACCUUUUAUACUUUUAUAUUUUUAUACUUUUAUACGUUAUAAAUUUAUUUUAUGCUCUUUUUAGUUUUUAUUCUAGUAUUUUAUAUUUCUCUCUGUUUAUUGUUGCACCAUCAUGACAAAACUCAUUCCUAGUCUGUGAAUUCUGUUAAUUGACAAUGGCAAUAAAACCCCUUCUGAUUCUGCCUGUAUUUCAGUCCAGAAACCCAGACAUGAGGUGAAAAAGAGAAACCCUUCUUCUGUAGAGUUGUAUUAGUAUAAUUCGUUGUUGUUUUUUGUUGUUACGAUUUUUCAAAGAGUUCCAGCAAUUCAAGGACUCAGUAAAUUCGUUAAAUUUUAAACAAGUAGCAAGGAGUGUGUGACUUUUAAUCUUUACUUAAAACAAGGCUAGUGAGAAAGUCAACUCUUGGGUGAACUUGCUUGUAAACUAACUAGUUUUGCUGGUAGCAGAACAAGAGUUGAAAAAUGACAGUGCAAUGAUGCAGAGACGUGAUGUAUGAACUGAUAGGAGGCUUGUUUUUGUAUGUUUUCUCUUAUCAGCCCUGUCUCUGUCCUCAAGAUGAAAAACGCUCUGAAGUUGCUCUACAUAAUUUGUGUGCGAUUGGUACCAAAGUUGGACUAUAAGGCUUGUGUGUCAAUAUAUCAUAGACAAAUCAGCAGUGCAGUAUGGUUAGAUGAAUCACUUGCAAAGGAAAUGUCUGAAUGUUUUAUAUUAGAUACCAGCAUGUACCUGAUAGUGUUGGUGCUGACAGUAUUAAAGUGUCGCUCAGGCCUGAGGGGGUUGUCAGUCAGCUGAACGGUGAAAAAGGUGUCUUUAUUUUCAUGAUCCUGGUCCACAGCUGUUUCUCUCUACUGAGGCAGAGUGUGCACGAGAGCAUGUGUGCAUGUGUGUUUGUGUGUGUGUGUGGUAGAGGUUCCUGUAACCAGAGAACAUGUUUGUCCCUGUAAAGCUAACCUGACCUUCUCAUUCUCUCUGAUCUCUCCCUCCCUUCCCACUUCAGGAUGAUUAUCUCUGAGCUAAAGUUACACAGAUAUUAUAGAGCAUUAGCCUGCACACACACACACACACACACACACACACAUACACACUCUAUUAUCUAAACAUCUCACUAGUGACACAUUGUUCCUGUUCUUCUCUGCGGCUCUGUCUCACUGCCUCCAUCUCUGCGUAAACGGCGCACAUGCAGAUCAAGUGUCUCUUGAUGCCAUAUCAGCUAAUGAUGAAGCCGUCUGGCCAAGUGUCACGCCCAUGGGAGCAGGUCUACAGACUGUCAUGGGUGUCAUAAUUAGACCCUUGACUGUGUUAGGUUCAUAUCGCACAGCUGUUGAUGUCAUCUCACCUUAAUCCCUCAGCACAUAUAAUCCAGUUAGUUAAAGAUGAGACUUGGAAAAUAACACUAUAUUUCCUCCUCCUCUCAUUCUGUCCUCUCAGGCUCAUCGCUGUCCCAUUAAGCAAACGUUUAGGCGUGAAGGACCGGAUUAGGAUCCGAGCCGCUUCUGUCCCAAAGCUGGAAACAUUCUACAAACAGAACAGACGGCAACCAUCCCAAGUUCGUAUUCUUGUUUUGCCUUCUCUUCAUUAACCUUCAUGUCAGUUUUCACUUUGAACAGUGUUUACUGGUCCUCAUCUUAGCAGGCUUUGGUUGUUGUAUGCACAGAAUUUGUUGAUCUUCAUUUAUGUUUGAUUAUUUAUUGAUUUAAAGAAAUUUGACUUAACUUUAAAUUUAUUUAAAACCAAUAAAAACUGUAGUUGGGGGAAAAAAAUCUGGCUACAUACCAAAGUAAAGCUAAAGUUCUGCUAAAGUAAUUAUCGAAAUCUUUAAUAAGCAGAACGAUUAUAUAAAAGGUGUUAAUGCUAAUAUCAGUAACAAAAGUGACACCAUUAUACAAUAAAAAACAAAGAUAUAUGAUAAAUAAAAGUGAGUAAUCUGAGGCAGCUCGUCUGGUGAAAUAUAAAACAUGCAGAAAUAUGAUUAUGCUGUGUCUGGUACUACUCCAAUUUCAGCAAAGUUGAGGAACUAGUUGUGCUUGCGGAGUCCAAAUAAUAAAUAACAUAAACAAGAGAUACUAACCUGUUGAUUGUCACUUCUUGCUGCUAUCUACCACUAAAGUACAAAAGCAGUGACAUGCUUGGGAUCAUUCUGUUGUACUGAACAGCAUCACAGCUGCACAGCUCGUGUCGAGCAGCUGGUCUGCAGUCUUGUUCCCUUGACCGGGUUUGUGAUGAUAUUCAUUGCAUUGCUUCCUUUGUAGCGACUCUGCACGAGUAUUAACUUCACAGUUUGUCACUAUGUGUUGAAAACAGCAGCAGUGUAGCAGAAGAGCUUGAUUGUUUGACAGUUUUACUCUGAUGAGUUGUUGGCUGUGUUGAAACAAGGAACUGAUAAGUAAAACGGAUUCAUUGAAUUCACAUGAGUCGCACAGAAGCUUGUAGGUGUUGUGUUGCAAAGGAACAAUCCUCAGUCAUGAUACAGGUUUGUUUAUGAGAUGGGUGUUCUCCCUUUAGUGUAAAAUGAUAACCUCGACUUAACAGCUCCCAUAUCAGCUGUCCUCUCCCCUCAGUUUUUUUUCUUUAUGACUUAAAUUGUUUUGAUUUUUGUGUGUGAAAAUAAGAACUUUAACUGUCUGUGAAGAAGAAGUUUUAUUCUUUUUCCUAAAUCAGUGAACAGGUGCAGGCAAGUCAGAAAAAGUUCUCAUGGAAAUCUCUAACCUCAUGGUUUCGUUUGGUAUUACAACACCUGCGACGAGACAAGACACAACUUGACUGACUAAAUGUAUCAGCCUCUCGUGUUUGCCUGUGCGCCUUGACUUGUAUUCAAAUCACCUGUUUGCAUGUGGUCUGAACCAACAGCAGAAGCAGAGGCUCAUGUUAAAAACCCUUGUUGUUCUGCUUUGUAGUUAAGAAGUAAAAGGCAGAUAACAGAAAUGCAGAAGUCCUUAGCUGUAAAACAUCUGUACAGAAUAGAUGAGGUUGUAUGAUAUUGAUUUGUGAGAUGGAUUGAUAAGCAUGCUCCGUAGAAAAUGUUGCACCGUCAGUGUUUGAAGUUGUUUUUAUUUUUCACUACAGAGCAGGUAGAGUGUGACUGUUCAUUUUCCUAUGCUUAGCUUGAAACAAAAUAAACCAUUGCUUCCUCCUGUUCUUCAGUUCCAACUUGAAAGAUGUGUUAAGUUUCUUUUCACCCUGUUUAAAGUGAAGGGAUGGAGGAAGAGAAAGCAGGAAACAUUGGACCAAGUGUUGUAGUCUUGUGACUGAAUCAUGAGAGAAGAACAGUGGUAGGUUUACAUUCAUCAUCGUAGGUGUCCUCAGUGUGACAGGUCAGGUAUGCAACUUGGAUGAUAUGUAUUUUCCUGUAAUAAAGUAGCAACGCAGCUGUCAGGGACAUCAGCGAGGGACUCUUGGUUGUAACUUUUCAGGUAUGAAAUAUUGUUUCUCAGGGAGCGAGAGUGCAGCAGGCAGCAGGAAACCUCUUUACCUCGUCUCAAAUGUUCAUAAAAGUCUAACACAGCAAUAUACAUUUAUGUUUGUGUGCAUGCAGAGUGAGAUUGUGGUCUUAGGGAAGCAGUGUGGACUAUCUCAGAGAAAGAUCCAGACCUGGUUCAGACACAGAAGGAAUCAGGAUCGACCCAGUAACACAAAAAAGUUCUGCGAGGCCUCGUGAGUCCUUCAAGUCUUUGACACACUUUCACUCAAAAAUUACAGAUGGUUGAUAUUUAGAAAUGGUAUUUAUGUUGUCAGGCCAAAAGCUUUAUUGAAAAAUGAGCCUCUUAUAAGCAUUUAAGGGAAUAAAAAUUUCAUAGUCUGCUGUUAAAUACCUUAUAGAAACAAAAUGUCCAUUAUUAGAAUUCAUCAUGUCGGAUUGAAACAUAUUCUCAUGAAAACAGUACUGCUGUAAUGCAUGUGUCUUUAAUAUUCUCUUCCUGAUAUCAUUUUCAUUCAUUCAUUCUAUUCAAAUCAGCCUCUAACAGAUGAUGGUGUUUAUUUUUAUCUCUACAGCUGGCGUUUUGUCUUCUACCUUGCAGCAUUCACUGCAGGGCUUGCUUCUCUAAUUAACGUAAGUGUGUUUAACAACACUGCACUUCACUUCACAAAUAAACAUGCUGGGUUUGCAAUGAUGCAUCAGUUUGGGGUUGGAGCAGUAAUGCAUGGAUAUUUCUUUAUCACUUGUGAAGUCAUGGUCGGAGUGCAUGCCUCUGUUUGUGUGUCAGGUCUGUGUUAAUUUUAGGCCUGGAGCUUGUUUGAUGUGAAGACUGUGAUGUUGAUUGUUUGAUCUUUCAGACUCCGUGGUUCUGGGAUCACAGAGAGUGUUGGAGGGGUUAUCCCAAACAGGUGAGCAUGAAACAGCAAGAUUUGUACCUACAAAAUAGAAUUAAUAAAAGAAGUAUUGAAUGUUAAUUACACUAAAUUAUGUUUAAAAAAUGUAGAUUAGAUGAGUAGUAGUUCAACCUAGCUUGCUUCAACUCCAAAAACAAGGUUCAAAAAACACCACUUUGUGAUCUUUCUAUUAACCCGUGAUGGGCUAUCUUGCUUUUCUUGACAUAUAUAGAUAUUUAAGUUUUACGUCAGUUUUAUUAGUAGUGACAGUUAUAUUUACUCAAUAUACUGCACUCAUACAAUAUCACAUUUCAACCUCAGACAGCUGGGAAAUUAGCUCGUACAUUUCGAGGAAAAGUGAGUAAGAAAACAAUGGCUGGGAGGUUCUCAAUAAAACAAAGUCUUCAGUGUGUGUUAACAGAUUUAGCUUUAGCAGACUUUGAGUUUAUGUCACACUUGGGUCAAACACUUCACCGUGCACAAACUUAAAGCAUGCUUUUCCCUUUCUUUUUAUUUUAUUUCGCAGUUAUCUCUGCCAUUUUUUUUGACAGUUAGUUAUGCCUGCAGGUUGACAUUCCUCUGGAGAAAACAUCCUUUCCUCGUGGGGUCACGGCCUUGAACAGCAAACACUAGAAAAAAUGUAAAGCCCUGUAGUAUCUGCAGUAUGACUGAUUACAGCUCCUGUGGGCACGACUACGCCUGACCUUUUUUCUUUGUCUGAAAUCUUGUGGUCUAGGACACAGAAAGAGAGGAUGUGUUUUUAAGAGUUAAAUACCUCAGUCAACUUCCUGCCAUUGUGGUGUUUCAGACUUUGAAUGCUGGGUGUUCUGUGAGGUGUUUAGAUUUGAGAUAGUACACCAACACUUAAUCAGCUUUCUUAAAACAGGUUGAAAGCAUUGACAAUGUGGGAUUUAGGUCUUUUAUACUUUUAUAAGAUUAUAAAGAGCUUUAGAAACAUUGAAUUAUAGCUUGACUUAACCACUGUACACACAAACCAACCAGACAGCCCUGAUAGUGUUAGAGCAAAUCUGUCAGAGUUAAUAUACCAAACAGAUAGUAUUCAACAACCUCUUUGCAAAUGACCAUUUUCCUAUUGAGUAGUACAGCACAAUCAAAAGCUAAUGAUAGCAUUUCUAACUUACACUCUCAAAAGCCAGGAAGUGGCUGAAUGUUAACGUUAGCUUUUGAUCGUCUUGUAUGAUAAGAUAAGGAAAGUGUGAACUGCUAACAGUCAAGAAAGAGGUGGCUGAAUGUCAACAUUAGUUUGUUAAAGACUGUCAUAUAUGUUCUUUUUACUUUAAAAAAUGGCCACACAUCACUCUUGAUUUUGCCUAACCAUCGUUUAUUUAGUUACUUAUCAAUCAGAACAAGUUGAGCCAAUGAUGGUUUCUCCCACUUCCUACUCUGAAGUGACUAAUAAACUGGAAUAUAGUUGGUUUUCAAACCUCUCUCAACACACACAUGCAUGCACACACGAACAAACACACAAUGGAAACUACAGUCAGUCUACAAAAUCAGUUCAUUUUACUCCCAUGGCUUCUGUACUUAUAAUCAGUUCAUUUUCCUGAGUGCCAUGCAGGUAAGCAGUAGAGAAACACCACUGAAUGUAAGUGCCUGACUGAUUGUUUUUCUCUUUCUUUCAUUCUCCAGCCUGUAGCUGAGGCCCAUCACUGGUAUUACAUCCUUGAAAUGGGCUUCUAUUUAUCCCUGCUACUAUCUGUGUCUGUGGACGUCAAGCGAAAAGUGAGUGUGACCUCAUUCGACACUCAUGGUUUUAGACAUCAGUGCAGUAUCCUGUUUUUUUCUGGAUGAUUUGCUUUUCAAAACCUUUUUCUGAACUGGCAGUUUUGAGUGUUUGUCAAAUGGUCAAAAACAUAAGCUGAAUUAUGUCAUCACUCACUCCCCAGUUACUUAAUCACAUGAUUAAACACAGAUUAUGCUUUGGAUUAUCUGGUGGUGUUGCAUCAUGGUUUUGGGGACUUCUCAUCUGCUCUUGUUUUAAAACUGAGUGCUGCUGGAUAUAAAAUCUCCACUAACAGAUGAGGACAUAUCGGUUAAAUUAAGUUAAAUAAUAAAUGAAUGAAUUGAUUUACCAUUGCAAGUAUAACUGCAAACUUCCAAAUGUAAAUCAGCCAAGAACUGAUUCAAUCUUUAAUCCCAAAAUCUGUGGUAAAAAAAAGUGGUUGUGUGUGAUUCACUGUUGGCUUUAAAACUGCUGAUCAGAGAUAUUUGAGUGUCCAACAUAACAGUAAAUCACUCCAGACAAGAUGUAAAUCGGUCUCCCCAAUUUUUGGACGCUAUUGAUGAAAAAGACCACAGGCAGAGAGCUGCUGACGUCUCAGUUCUGCUACUGCAAAGCUGACAUUCACUGUGUGGUCUCUGUCUGUUCACUUUUGCGUUCCAGGAUUUCAAGGAGCAGGUUAUUCAUCACAUCGCCACCUUAUUCCUUAUUGGCUUCUCCUACUGCGCCAACUAUGUGAGGGUUGGCACUCUGGUAAUGUUUGUACACGACUCUUCUGACUUCCUGCUGGAGGUAAGACUCAAAUCCUGACUAAUAAUUGACAUUUUAUUGAUUUGAUUCAGCAAUAUGAGGAUAUUUUGAUACCUAACAUGUUUAGUAUGUAUUGCUUAUCAUAUAUUGUUGUCAUCAAAGUCAUUGAAGGUGGACAGGCAAAAAUGAAAAAAGAGAAAAAUACUAAAUGCAGCAUUUAAAGUGAAUGAAUCUUGUCUACUCCUGUGCAGUGCUUUAAAGUGCCACAAACUCUGUACAAAAGUCAAAGGGAAGUGAACUUGAAUAAAGCCAUUGUUUAUUUGUAUUCUCUCACUCAAACACAUUACAACCCUUUAUCUAAUAUAAACAGUCAUACAUGGAAAAGCAUUAUUGUCUGCUGUAAAUUAAUUACCCACAAGUCAAUCCAAUGAUUUGUUGUGUUUGUUUUUGCUGGGCUGAUUUUACUAGUUGUAACAUUUUACUGAUAACAUCUGAAAACUAUGAGUGAUAUUUCAGCCGUGAGGGAAGUAUGUAGGGCCCGCCAUGUGACCUCAGACGUGACUGGGUGUCGUCUGGCACAGAAAAGGGACAAUGAUAUGGGUGUCAUGUUCUGACAGUGACUCCGCUCUACUAAGCAGACAUGAGUUUUUAUGGCGGUGAACCUUUCUGGUGUCAUGUGAAAAUUGUGACCCUCAUAAAUUUAAGAAUAACAUAAAGUUGAUCAUGUUUUAGUUGGUGACAGUCUGCUGUAAACUUAGCUUUAAUCAUCUGCCUCUACUUUUGUUAUCAGUUUUACAUUAUAUGAUUUCAAGAUGGAGCGGUUUUUCCUUUCCUUUCCAUUUUCCUUUAAUUGAUAAAAAGCGUCAAAGCAGUUUGUAGUUAAACAGACUAUCCUAAAGUCAAGUUAAAACACUGAGUCUCAUCUUGACCACUCUUAGUAACUUCAGAAACAGUGUCAACAGAAGCAUAGAGUUGUAUAAAGAUAUAAAUCAUAGAUGACAGCUGGUUUUGUUGCUUUUUUUUGCUAUUACUGAUAACUAACAGUCACGUUCAUCAUCUGAUAGUCUGCCAAGAUGUUCCAUUAUGCUGGCUGGACGACAACAUGUGACUCGCUUUUUGUCGUCUUCGCUGUGGUCUUCCUGGUGACAAGACUUGUGGUGUUACCCAGCAGGUAAAACUUCAUGUUUCUGUCUAGAUUUGACAUUGCUUUUGAUUAAAACCUUAUUUAAGUAUGCUGAAACAGAUGCCAGGGUUUGCACAAUGCCUUCAACUUUUGGAGUGCAAGUUUUUUGUGCAUUUAUCGUUUAGUUUACAAACUUCUGUUCUUGGUUUAGCAUUAUUUGAAUGUGGAUUAUGAGUCCUGUGGUGUGAAGUUUUGUUGGAACUGUAAUGGAUCGGCUCUGUUGUCCUGGAUCACCCACCUGUGUCCAUGCAUUCUCAUAUUUCCUCAUGCAUCUUUGCCCUCUUUUCCCUCUCUCUCACCCACCAACUAGGACUUCCCCAGUUUCAAAGCAGGCAGGCAGGUUUAUAGUAUAUUGAAAGAAUUGAUUUUGUUGACAUACUACUUAAAGCUCCUGUGAGGAGUUUUUUGAUGUUUAUGAAACAAGCUGAAAAUCAUACUGAUUCAUUUUAUAACAUAAAAAAACUAAAGUGACAAGAAUAACAGUUUUCAUUUAUGUCUCAAAUCGAUGCAGCGGGUAAGUGUUAGCCAAGCAGAGAGAUUUUUUCUGCCAGCUGACUCUACUGAAGCUUGUGAAAGGCCAGAAAAGCAAAGACUGCUUUGUCCACAGGAGGGGCCAAAAUCAAGAGUUCUUAACAGGAGCUUUAAGUGCAGUAACCAACCUUCUUAGCAUUUGGUACGGUAGCAUAACUAAAACUGAUGCAUGUGUGCUUUCCAGAGUGAUCUACUCAACCCUGGUGGUUUCGAAAGACUACUUCAAGCCCUUCAAUGGUUAUUAUUUCUUCAAUGCUCUGCUGUUAGUGCUGCAGGCACUGCACAUCUUCUGGGCUUAUCUCAUCCUGCGUAUGGUCUAUAAGUUUGUGUUCCUCGGCAAGGUAAGGAAAAUUUUUUUAAAAAGGAAGGGGAAGGAAAAUAUCAAGCGUUAUCCACAUCAAAAAUUUUAUUAUUCCUAUUUUUUCUCCAUAGGUGGAGCGUGAUGAGCGUAGUGAUGAGGAGAGUGAGGUGGAAGAUGAAGAGGAAGAGGAUGAGCCGGAAGAAGAUGGUGACGAGUUCAGCUGGGAGCAAAGAAAGGGUACAAUCAACUCCAAACUGGCAUCACUGGCUAACAACUGUGUCCUGAACAACCUGACCAACCAGAGGAAUAUAAACAGCAGACUGCCCAAAGCCAGAUAGUGGAGCGGCCUCAAUUAACAUCUACAAAGAGUCAAAUCUAAAAGGUUAUUUACACUUUCCUGUACUGGAGAAAAACUCAUAACUGACAGACAGACAUUUGGCUUUGUGAACAUCCAACUUGGUCCACUGAAGAUUUCAGCUGAGGGUAAGUCCACAUCCUGCAUAUCUUGAAAAAAAAAAAGAACAAGCACAGAUGAUUGUAAAUCUGCACCCCUAGUAUCAGACUGGGAGGAAACACCAUCACUACUGUCACUCAUACACCAGAAUCCUGUAAGAAUGGUGAAACAAGGAGAUGGUUUGUUUAUUUUAUGUGUUGUAUGCAGAUUUUAUAUUUAUUUUUAAUGAACUCUGAAAAAAGUGGUUUGUAAAUACACAAGUGUAACAGUUCAUGGACUGUGCGAUGAUUCCUUUAUACUUAAGUUGGGUCAACAAGAAACACUUAAUGUUUUUUAUACAAUCUGUCAUGAGUCAUGUUAAGUUUUAAACAGAGGCAGAACUUGUAAUUCUCUCACAAAGCUUUGUAUCCACAAUAACUCACAUUAUGUUGAUUGUGCAUAGACCUUGAUUGUAGUAUCUGUUGAUAAAAUACUUUAUAUAUCUAUUUUUAUGCAUUAUUUGCUCUACAGAAAACUUUAAUGUUGUUGUAAAUCCUCCUGCAGCUCCACAUGCAUCUGAAACUUGUAUUUUUUUUUCUGGAAUAAGAUUUGAUUUGGGUUUGUAAGUAAAGCUAUGGCGCCCCCUGGUGCACAGAGAGGAAACAUGUCCUUGUAGAGAAGGCAACAUUCUAUGUAAUGAAACUUACUUUUACAGGAAAACAGUAGAGUUGAAAUACAUCUGGAGUUAAAGCAUCUAGUUGAGUGUUUUUUCGUCAUGACAGACAGCAUGAGAUCUCAUCAAGGUUUUUGACAAAGUUUGCACCACUGGACUUCAGUUUUGUGGCUUAGCUGCUGUUUUUACAUUAUUAGCGAGCACUUGAUCUUUUUCAAAAACUAUGUGUGUAAGUAGAGUGGACAAACUCACAGGCCAGGCCUUACUGUGACUGGUUUCACUGUUUUACUUCAUGUGAAGGUGGGGCUGCUUCAUGUCUGUAAGUGACAGGUUUGCUGACAGAUGGGCAUUAAUGAAAUGUGAUAUAUAUUUAUUGACAUCUUUAUUGUAUGCAGAGAUCCAAAGUCUUUAUCCAAUGAAUAAAUGUCAAACUGGAAUGUAAAGAUCAAAAGUUUAUUAUGAAAGUUGUACACAUAUUUUGAUACUCUAGAAAAAUACUCUACUACUUUGUUAAGACUUCAGAAUAUGCUGUUUUAUCAGAAGAUGAUGUGAGGCUCAUUGUCUGUUCUGUUUCCAGGGCUAGUUUUAAGUGAAUCAUCACAAUUGUCAACAGAAGAGCACAGAGAUUGUUUGUACAUAUACAGUACAAUACGCACUGAAUAAGAGAAAGGUUGUGCCUGAAUGUGGACAGGGUCUUUAUAACACUGAGGCUCACAACACAAAGUGGGAUUUAAGUUGUAGAGCACUAAAAGGGCAGAUCCACUGAACACCACACCCCAAACCCCCUUACUAAAAUGAUGCUUUUAUGAAAUAAAAAAAAUACUUAGCAAGGGGGAAAAUCAAGUUUUCCUGAAAGUGACACUUGACUGUCCUCUUGUGAGUACACAUGGAGGGUUUAUUGAUUGUGUGUAAAGUUGAUGAGUUUUAAUAAAUGACUUUUAUUGAAAUAAAUGA